UCCAUCUCUGUCCUACUUUCUCAACGUUUGUAUCUCUUAUUAUUCCCAUUCUCUGGGGUCGUUGGAGGAAUUGUCAACAUGAGUGCCUUUACUUCGGAGAACAUGACCUCCGCCCUCCUCGUGGUUGGCACAGCCAUUUUCGCUGUCUUGGUCGGCGCGAAGCUGCUCGGUGGCAGUGGUAAAGCCAGAAAGGUCUUGAAACCUACCGAGUUCCAGAACUUCGUCUUGAAGGAGAAGAAUGAGAUCUCUCACAACGUCGCCAUCUAUCGCUUUGCCCUGCCCCGCCCCACUGACAUCCUGGGUCUGCCCAUUGGUCAACACAUCUCUCUCGCCGCUACCAUUGAGGGCCAGCCCAAGGAGGUUGUGCGCUCCUAUACCCCCAUCUCUUCCGACAAUGAGGCUGGUUACUUCGAUCUCCUCGUCAAGGCCUACCCCCAGGGUAACAUCUCGAAGUACCUGACCACCCUGAAGAUCGGCGACAACAUGAAAGUGCGCGGUCCCAAGGGCGCCAUGGUGUACACCCCGAACAUGUGCCGCCACAUUGGUAUGAUUGCCGGAGGAACCGGUAUCACCCCCAUGCUGCAGAUCAUCAAGGCCAUCAUCCGCAACCGCCCCCGUAACGGUGGUAACGACACCACCCAGGUGGACCUAAUCUUUGCCAACGUCAACCCCGACGAUAUCCUGCUGAAGGAGGAACUGGAACAGCUGGUCAAGGAGGAUGAUGGCUUCCGUGUCUACUAUGAGCGCCUCCCUGCGCCGGCCGCGGACAUCAAGAUCAUGCUGUGCGGACCUCCUCCCAUGAUCAGCGCCAUGAAGAAGGCGACCGAGUCUCUCGGAUACACCAAGGCUCGCCCCGUCAGCAAGCUUGAGGACCAGGUGUUCUGCUUCUAA